GGUGGCGUCACGGCCCAGGUACCUGCCCCCGCCCCGGGCGUCAGCAGCGCAGCCAGUCAGCGUGUCCGUUGCCGUGGCAACGCCGCGGCCCUGGGCCCGCUCCCGGGGAGCAGGAAGCGCCGGCCCGGCCCUGUCCGGCGGCUCUGACACCACACGGGCCACCGGUUCCUCACCCCGCCGGGCCGCGGCCUGAGCCCGACGCCGCAGGAAAACUUCAUCUAAGGGGUUUCAUUAUAUUGAGCAACAAAAAGUCAUUUCCAAAGUGCAGCGUUAGCAGUAAAAAUGUAAUUAAGUACUCCCACAACAAACGAACAUCCCCUUUAUACUUGGAAAUUCUUUGAGUUUUUGUCCCUGGCCUCGCCUGGCAUGGAGGACGGUCUCACCAGGCCUGCGAGCCCAGCAGGGCUCUCCUGGUACAUGGCAGUCUCUCAGCUGUUAGGUUUGACUGUGAUCGCCAUGACCGGCGCCUGGAUGGGCCAGUACCGGGGCGGUAUUGCUUGGGAAAGCGUGCUGCAAUUCAACGUCCACCCUCUCUGCAUGGUCAUUGGCAUGGUCUUCCUCCAAGGGGAUGCUCUCCUGGUUUACCGGGUCUUCAGGAACGAGACCAAGCGCUCAGCCAAAAUCCUCCACGGGCUCCUCCACGCCUUCGCGCUGCUCAUCGCCCUUGUGGGGGUGAUCGCCGUGUUCGAUUACCACAGGAAGAAAGGCUUUGCAGACAUGUACAGCCUGCACAGCUGGUGUGGAAUAGCAGCCUUCAGCCUCUACUUCAUCCAGUGGCUCGUGGGCUUCAGCUUCUUCCUGUUUCCUGGAGCAUCCUUCUCGCUCCGCAGCAGAUACAAACCACAGCACGUCUUCUUCGGCGUCUUCCUCCUCGUUCUCUCCAUCGCCACCUGCCUCCUGGGCAUCAAGGAGCUGCUCCUCUUCAGUAUCCAGGCCACCUACAGCUCGUUCGUGCCUGAAGGGAUCCUGGCCAACGUCCUGGGCCUGCUGCUGAUCGUCUUUGGCCUGGUGAUCGGCUACAUCCUGACGCGGGACGAGUGGAAGCGGCCGCCCCUGGCUGAGGAGCUGGCCCUGUCCAUGGAUUUUAAAACCCUCACUAAGGGGGAGAGCCCCAGCAGCAGCCAGUGAUGGCUCCCUGGCUGGGGAGCUCCCCCCAGAGGCAGGGUGGGGGUGGACGUUGUGGUCGUUGCUCACUCCUGCAUGUACUAGCCCCUCCGGUGUCUGUUGCUGGUGUGUUGGUGUUGCUGUGACCUCUCUGCCACCUGCUGGUUGUUACACAUACAGCUGGCGCGAGGGCAUCUGCUUUGACCCCCUGUCUGCAGGGGAGCUCUGUGCCAAUGCAGCAGCUCCCAGCCCCAUCCUGGUAAUAGGCAUCAUGUUGCUCUGGGACACUGGGUUGUGCCAUAUUCUCCCACUGAGCCCUUACGCCAUCCAUGGCCACUCCCCUGCCACCCAAAUCAUGGGGGAUGGGCUUUGGAUGUGCCAGGCUCAGGGGCAUUCCCAGCUGCUGGGCGGGGGUUGGAUCCCUCGCCCCUCAAGCAGGACGGCAGCAUUUCCAUGUCCCAGCCUGUCUGGCACUUUAGCUCGAGGCCCACUAACACAUCUAACUCAAGUGUGGAUGAAGGGCAGGGCCUGGCUCACUCCUUCAGUUGCCUGCACGGACUUCUUCUCCCUCCUCGAGUUCACUCAAUGCCAAGCGGUGGGUAUAGCACCACGCUCCACGGCAGCCAAACCCAGUCCUCGAGGACCCUUGUUUUAAACCCGCCCUCACUUGCAUGCAAAGCUUUUGGUGUCUCUCUGGCUAGGGUAUUUUUAAUGAUCACUUGGUAUUUGUGUAGCCCUAACCAGUCUGCAGCCCCCUGCUGGCAGCAGCACCUAUCUCUGAUCAGUCAGCAUGGGGUGGGAGGGGGCGUGUACAUGUGCUGUUGUCUGCCCCGGGUAAGAUAACCCCUCCCCCCCCUUAAACCCAGCCUAAACAUCAGUGUUUUUAGAAAUCCUCAUCCCUGGUGCCUCUCGUUCCCGCCGGGGCCGCCCCAGCUCCAUUCUGCUUCAGCCAGCUGAUGUCGAGCAGAGCAGAACUGCAGGGUUGGGACGGUCUAGUGACUGGAGGGGCAGUGAAUUUUUUUUAAAUUAUGUUCAAGUAAAGGCCUGGUUCCCCCCAGCUCUCACUGCAGGGAGCACAGUCCCUGUCUGCACGAGUGACCCAUGGGCAGCUGCCAGUGGCUUUUCUUAACAUCUAAAAUGCAAAACUUUCCCAUCUACCCCCUUGUUUGCUCGUCUCUGUAAGCAGCUGCAGGACUACAGGUGUUGACAGGCCGUGCUGGUGCCUAGUGAUACUGCAGCAAAGGCCUCGCUUCCCUGCAGGGUCUUUGCACUGAUCACCUGUAUCGCUUCCCGGCUCUUUGAGCUCUGGUCAAGUGAAAAAUUCCCUUCUUGCCUGACUGAAUCAGGGACUAGCCCCACUCUCCAAUGCAGCUUUGGACGCAGAGCGUGGCAGGCUCGGCUGCCCCGGCUGAACGGUGCAUGGGGUUGAGAUUAGCAGACUAACGCCCUGUUUCCAUUUGGCUGCUUGAGAGCCUUCUAGCCAUGCUUUCCUCAAUGGGUGGUCGAGCACCCCCCCCCCCCGACCUGUUAAUAGUGCACACCCAGCUCCCUGGUGAUCCAGGAUGCUGUGUUGCGAUAACAGCUGUACCCUGGCCAACUUGUUUGUAACACCAUCGCUUCACUCUACAACACAGGUGUUCAACCUAAAGCAUUUCAAAUGGAGACAUGGCCCCCUUAGCCAUAGUUUGCAGCCCCCCAGGUGGCCACAGAGCACAGGUUGAAAACCACUCCUGUUUCAGGGGCUCUGCCAAGCGUGCUCGGCAUUAGGGCCCUGGGCAGAAAGCCAAAGUUGUCCCACACAGAGUGAAAGAGAGAGUGCAGGGCCCCUUCCCGUCAGCCCUGGCUUUUAUAUGCAGAAGACCAGUUGUUGGGGCACAGGUGGGCUCUAGCAGAUAACUGCUGGGGGGAGGAGCUUUGACAGCCCUGCCUGAGCUGUUAAUUAGCAGAUAAAUUUUUUCUGGGUUUACAAACAGUAUCAUGUGGCUGCUGAUUCUCAUUGUAAACAUUUCCCCAGCCUCUGUUCAGUGCAGAUUCUGACUCCUUCCCCUAAAGUGACCUGAGCCCGAUAAAGCUUGAGCGGAGGGUUUGCUUGUCCCACUCCCACCACUGCCUCCCUUUCACACUCCCCCUGCUGAGCAGAGAGGGGCUGGGUCUCUGGAGUGAUGCUGGCUCUGUUUACCUCAGCACUCAAGCUGGGCCCCCAAAAAUCACCAGGCCCCUGUGAAAACUUCCGCUCACAUUUUACUUCCACUGCCAGAGACACAUUUAAGUAAACGUCCGUUUGGAACUUCUGUAGUGAGCGAGAUCUGGCUUGCGAGUUUGCUAACACUGCCAGGGCGCCUGCCCGGUUUUUGAAAGACAGCAGUCAUCCCCUGUCCUGACUGUGGGAAGAAAAGGGGAGCAAAUGUGGUGCGUGCAGAAAAAAAUUGUGCAAAACUAUUCUGGCCAGUGUUUGAAAUUCUCUCUCCCCUGACUUCAGUGGAGUCAGGGUUUCACCCACUUGUUCGGGCUGAUCUUGUGUCUCAGGAGAACCGAUGCAAGUUCCUUUAGUCUGAAAAACAACUGGCCAACUCCGUACGGUUUGCUCAGACAAGUAACACCCUGCUAGGGCCGUGUUUCCCUUCCCAGCAGUGCACUCAUCUCUCACGGCCAAAAAAAAAAAAAAAGCUUGUAUCAAACCGAGGGUGUAAAGUCCCCUGGAAAAAUGCCUGCCAGCGAUGGGCAUUUGCAGCAGAUUCUUGUACUGCAGAAACCUCUCCUCUGCCAAAUGCAUAUUCCUGAACUGACCCCAAAUGCUGCAGCUAACGUUUACACGGGCGAAUAUUUUCUAGGCUGUUUUAAAACCAAAUGAUCUUUAAAGCCGCGUCGAAGGAGCCACAAUCAGCGCAUUGUGCUGGUGGCUCAUAAAUGCUAGUAAGGAAAAACCAUGUGAAUGAAAUGCUGCGCUAAACAGUCUCUGUUUGAACUCUGUUCGCCUGUACUGUACUGCACCUGAGUCAAUAAAUCCUGGUAACUA